CAGUCUGUCUGUCUGGAUCGCUCUCUCUCUCUGUCUGUGUGGGUGUCUCUUCUCCCCCCACCCCCCCGCCUGCCUGAUUUCAACACCGGCAGCGAUGCAGAGAAAACACACUGAAGCUAACGUCAAACUCCACACAACAGUUAACCUCAGUUAUUAAUGUUAUAUUCUAUUUAUUUCUACUUUAAUAAUCCUGGAGCUGCGGGAAUGGUGUCGCCUCCUGAAGCCGGAUAAUCAGACGCAGAGGCCGGGCGGCAGGGAAGGCUAGCUGGCUGGAGUUACAGCCGGGACUCCUGGGUUGAAUCUCGGCCUCCUUGCAGGAUUUCGUCGGGAUUUUUGUGGCUAUUUUGGGGGAGUCUUUGAGGUGGUUUCUCUCGGCUGUAGUGGUGGACUGUACUGGCUUUAGGUGCGCUCGGUCCUUGAUGCCCGGGAGGCCCGAAGGAGCUCAGACUGCGGAGCCCCGGAGAAGGGCUCGGACACCGGGGAAGUAACGUUAACGUUACAGGAGGAGUUUGUCUGUCUCUCUGUCUGUCUAAUUGAACCCCGGCGAGCCUUGAGCCCCUCCCACCAUGAACCCUCUGAACCAAAUGAAGGCUGGACUGAGUAACAACCCACACAGUGAGGGUUCGUACCCAUAUGACCCCUCCAGCUGGCAGCACCCUACCAAUCAGCCAACAGGAUCCCUCUCCGUGGUAACAACCGUCUGGGGAGUGACCAAUCCCUCGGCCAGUCAGGGUAUGGGUGGAGGGGUGAUGGGGCCUGGAGCCAACCCAGGCGGGGGGCCCAUGAUGCAGGGCCCCGGGGGUCCAGGCAUGGCCGGGGGUCACGGAGGCUAUAUGGGUCAGCAGGGCUACGGAGAGCCCAGCAAAGGUUACAUGAACCAGGGGAUGUACGGCCGGACAACUGGGGGAUACGCUGGAGGACCGGGGGGAUACACAGGGAGUUACCAGUCGAACCCCAGCGGCUCCAGAGGUUCUGCUGACUUCACUCAGGCUGCUGCCGCCGCCGCUGUUGCUGCAGCAGCUGCCACGGCAACCGCCACAGCCACGGCAACCGUCGCCGCCAUUCAGGAGAAACAAAACCAGGAAAUGAAUUACGGACAGAUGGGAGGUCAGGCUUAUAACAACCAGUUCAUGGCCCACUCUGGCCCCCGUGGCCCCCCUGGCAUGGCCCCCGGAGGUAUGGGCCCCGGGCCUGGGCCCACUAGGGGCCCUCCCUCAAUGGGCCCCAUGUACGGACCUGGAGGUGGCCCCCAGAGGGUCCCUCAGCACCCUCAGCACCCUCAGCACCCAAACUACGGCCCCGGGCUACAGCAGGGCCACCUGAGGCCCCCACAGGGCCUCAAACGGCCGUACAAUUCUGAGUCUUUCCCAGGAAUGUCUCAGCAGUACGGCGUUCCAGUUGGUCCAGGCGUGAACGUGAUGUCAGGUCCUGGUGGCGGCGGAGGUUCAAUUCCAGGAUCAGGUGGAGGCGGUCACGCCGGCCCUGGUCCCUACACCAGCCCCAACAUGCAGUACCAUCCAGGUCCAGGCCCCGCCCCCCAGCGCUCUGGCUCCUCCCCCAAUUAUCAGACCCAUAAGAUGCCCCUCCCACAAUACCCCCCCUCAGGACCCCCCAACUCACAGUACUACAAGCAGGAGCAGUUUAACGGUCAGGGUGGAGGUUUGAACACUCUGACAACAGGGGGCGCCGGUGGUGUGUACAACUCCUUCAACCAACCGUCUGGGCCUGGUCGAGGGUUGCCAGGUUACCCCUCCUCCCCAGUUCCUGGAAACCCGACCCCUCCCAUCACCCCCAGCAGCUCCAUGGCCCCGCCCUACAUGUCGCCCGGGAACAGUGACGUCAAGCCGCCGCCCUCUUCCUUCCUGCCUGACAUCAAACCCAACAUGGCCAGCUUGCCCCCGCCUCCUCCUACAGGUAACCCUAGCGACGACCUGCGGCUGACCUUCCCAGUGCGUGACGGUGUGGUCCUAGAGCCCUUCAGAUUAGAGCACAACCUGGCUGUCAGCAACCACGUCUUCCAGCUGAGAGACUCUGUCUACAAAACUCUCAUCAUGAGACCAGACCUGGAGCUCCAGUUUAAGUGUUACCACCACGAGGAUCGACAGAUGAACACCAACUGGCCCGCCUCCGUCCAGGUGAGUGUGAACGCGACUCCUCUCACCAUCGAGCGAGGUGACAACAAAACUUCCCAUAAGCCUUUGUACCUGAAGCAAGUCUGUCAACCAGGCAGGAACACCAUCCAGAUCACUGUCACUGCCUGCUGCUGCUCUCACCUGUUUGUCCUCCAGCUGGUUCAUCGUCCGUCGGUCCGUUCGGUGCUUCAGGGUCUGAUGAAGAAGAGGCUGCUGCCUGCAGAGCAUUGUGUCACCAAGAUAAAGAGGAACUUCAGCAGCGGUUCAAUACCCGGGACUCCUGGGUUAAACGGAGAGGACGGCGUGGAGCAGACCGCCAUCAGAGUCUCGUUGAAAUGUCCGAUCACUUUCCGCCGCAUCCAGCUGCCCUCCAGAGGUCACGAUUGCAGACACAUACAGUGUUUUGAUCUGGAGUCGUACCUGCAGCUCAACUGUGAGAGAGGAACAUGGAGAUGCCCUGUGUGCAAUAAAACAGCUCUGUUGGAGGGUCUGGAGGUGGAUCAAUACAUGCUGGGAAUCCUAAUCUACGUUCAGAACUCGGAGUACGAGGAGAUCACCAUCGACCCGGUGUGCAGCUGGAAGCCAGUUCCCGUGAAGCCGGACAUCCAUGUGAAGGAGGAGUUGGACGGUCCGGUGUUGAAGCGCUGUCGGACGCUCAGCCCGAGUCAUAUGGUCCUGCCCAGCGUCAUGGAGAUGAUUGCAUCACUAGGUCCCGCCUCCUCAUCGGCUACCUCCUCCCCAAUGCCCUACCCCCCCCUACCUGCAGGGGGCAGCAAUAACGGCAACACACCGGACUACCCCGGACCAGCUCCGUCCUAUCCCAGUCAGUCUGCUGCUUUCUCAGACUUCAGUGGUCCUGGGACUCCGGGGGUCGGGGGGGACUUCUCCUCCCCCGGUCCUCCCCCUCUCUCCUACCAGUCUGAGCUUUCCAGUGCCCUCCUCACCCCCGACAAACCUCCCCCACACCCUCUGGCUGGACAGAUGUCAGUCUCGGGCCGACUGGACUCCACUUCCCAUGGUGCUCCUCUAUCCCAGCAGCAGUCACAGGGUCUCCACGGCAACUCCCAAAUGGGGGGCGGCCACCAGAUGAUGCAGCGUAGCAACCAGAACCCCCGUCUCCAAGGCGAUGGCUCCUUCGGCCUCGGGGGGUCUGCGGAGGUUCCUGAACCUUCUCUGGACUUGCUUCCGGAGUUGACCAACCCAGACGAGUUGCUGUCGUACCUCGGACCUCCGGAUCUCCCGAACAACAACAACGACGACCUGCUGUCCCUGUUCGAGAACAACUGAACACCUCCAGAAUUUAAACAGAACUUUACUGUAAGAUAUGAACUCUCUUUCUCCUCGCUCGCCAAAAUGACCGGCGGUCCAACGUGACCGCCGUCUGCACAGGAUGGAGCGAACAUUAAGAAGGAAACAAAAAAAACAACAAACAACAACUUUUAAAUAUGAAAAACUCUUUGAUGUUUGACGAUGAUGGUAACUUUAUUUUAUUGUUUUUUUAAUCCUCUGAAACUGUAUUUUGAUGCUUCAUCCUUCAUUCCCCGUCGUGGUUCACAGAGAGCCAUUCAGACUAUUUAAAGUUGGUGACGACCACACAGCUACUUUAACUACACAUCACACACACACACACACACACACACACACACACACGUACACGUGACUGCUGAGCUAAUCAUCCAUUAGCUAUUACACUUUUUCUUUCUUCCAGACAACCAUCUGGUUUCAGGUCAUUUCUAUGAAAAUGCAGAGAGAUGAUUCGUCAGAUUUAUUUAGAUCAAAGCAGCAAUGACGAGACGUAAAUGUGAUUUGUAGUUAAUGAGACGUGUGGUCCUUUAAAGCCAGAAUAUUUCUGGUCCAAAUAAGUUUAAAUUGUAAAUGGUAUAAAAAGUAGAAGAUGAGCUUUAAAGGGGCAGUCUGCAUCUGUUCUUACAGCCAUGAUGCUUUUUGUUUUUCACCUGAGAUAUUUGGAGACACUGAAGGCUAACUAAGAGGAACUGUUGAGUCGAGAAAAUGUCUCGGGAAGCUACAAAGAUGCACUGUUUACACUCAGCCACAGCGUCUCAUGGAGGGUCGAGACUUUUCCUGUGAAAUCUUUUCCUACCGUGGAUUAUAUUUUUGUUCUCCAGGAGUUGAGCUUUGAUUUUAAACAUAGAACUACAGAUAAUUAAUAGGAAAAUAAUUUUUAAUUGUUAUUCUUAUUGGUAAGAUUAUGUGGUAAUAAUAUUUUAGUAGUACAACAAUUCAUCUUAUAAGUGACUUAAAAACACAACAAAUCAUUUGUGUUUUUAACUUAUGAUCUGGUUCUGAACCUCAAAAACACUUGACCACCAUGCCACAUUUUAGCCUCCUGGGACAAAAAAUGGUGGCCGCCCAAGGGUGGGGAACUGUUUGUGUACCGCCCAACCCGAGCGGCUUGUCGCAGCUAUAAAUGUCUUAGAUGAAUGUGACGUCUUCAAACCUUUGUUCGACCAACAGCCCAAAACUCAAAUAUUCAGUUUACUGUGAAAUAAAAACAGAAAAUCUAAGACGUUGGAGGAAUUGGAAUGAGAAAAUUUGGGGAUUUUUUUUCACUACUUUUGCUUGACAAAUGACUGAAACGACUUGUAGUUUGUUGUGUCGCUACGUAGUUACUGACACCUACGUCGUUACCACAGCAACCCAUGCAGAUAUAGGUUGGUGAUGUCUGGACACACAAAUCUGAUCACUUGUAAAUAACAUUGGGACAGCUUAAAGAUCUGAUUUCAGAAACAAAUUAUACUCCCAAUCGGACGCAUACACAGCAGCUGUGGACCACUAUCAUCACUGAAACACAGAGCAAAUGAAGGAAUAUUAUAAGGAUCCUUAAAAGUUAGUCAGACACGGAGCAUGUUUACAUGUGCACUAGUAUCCUGUUGUGAUCAGGUUUGUUUUUAAGAGUAUCCCGUUUAUCUGUUGCACGUAAACAUCAGAUCCUGGUUUCAGAACCCGGGAUAAGCUACCUGAAGUCCUCUGAUAAAAAACAGGGUCCUGUGUCAUGUAAACACCUGAUCAGGUUUCUGAUCAUUCUGUGUUGGUACAGAACAUCGAGGCUGACAUGGUGCCAAAUCAAGACCAUCUGAAACCUGGAUACUGUUAUGAUCACGUAAACCGCAAGAUCGAUCAAUACCCAGGUUUUUCAUGUCCCAUGUAAACCUAUCCCAAAUAUGAUCAAAAACAGGAAGAGUGCAGUUUGAAGGGGUCAUAACAAUCUGACUGUUGGUUGAUCGGUUACAUUUCUGGCAGGUCUGAUUUCCAACAUGGCUGCUGUCAAAAGAUCUGCUAUAAGCUGUAGUCAGCUGGAGGCUCAUGGUGCAAUAACAUUUAACUAAAGCGAGUUUAUUGGUACAUUAGCUUUCAACAACAAGGAGAUUCAACGUGUUUUACAUGAGACAGAAAAGAAUAAGAUAUACAAUCAAUAUAAAAAGACAAUAUGAUUUAAAACAAAUUAAAAUAGAAACCCCUUUAAGUACACGUGGCUGAGUGUAAAUGAGUGUAUUAAACCAUAUCUGGAUUUUAUCAGAUAUGAGACUCUUGAUAUGAAAGUUACCCGACUCAUGAAAACAGUUUUUGUAACGUGUCACUUUAAUGUGAACUCUGUAGCUUUUUACAAGGAAGGUCGUCUUGCAGUCGAGCCUUUUAGUGGGGUUUUAACUCACUCCCACCCCCCCUCACCCCCACCCUCCUCCCCCCUCUGAAAACAAAGAUGGACUACAGCAACUUUUUUAAAAGGAGAAGAAAAAGAUGUGACAAAAAAUAAUCUGCUGUGAGAUGCUUGGAAUAUUGCUGGUUUUGCCUCAAACUGUUGCCCUGAGACCGCAGAGCUCGAUCAACACAAGUUUGUAUAAUGUGAUAAUUACAGAGGGUUCAUCUUCAUCCUCCUCCUCAUUAUUCUGUAUGUUGUAAAGUGACUAGAGUCCAGACAGUUGUGGUGUUUCCUGGAAAAAAUAAAUCUGUACAUGGUCACACUGUAUGAUUCAGUAAUGAUGCUAAUAACAAUAACCUUUGUAAUUUAAUAAACACACUGGAAAGGCA